AUGGACGCGGAGGAUCGCAAGGCAGAUGCGUCUCCAGCCGUCAAGAUGGAGGACGGUCUGAGGGAGAACAUGUCGGCUUUCAAGACGAGGCGCAGUGCUUCUACCUCCCCCAACGAGUCGAAGCCCUCGAGAUCCUCGAGUCUGUCGCCAGGAGCAAAGGCAGACAACGAGAGCACCUCGACACCCGAAAACGAUCCUGCGCCCAAACUCUCGAGAAAACAUUCCUCCAAAGCCGUCACUCGUACACCGCCCCUGUUCAGCCACCUUCCAGAUGUCACAGAAGAGUCCAUGGCGGCCUUUCAGGUCAUCCCCGACUGCCUGUACGGGGCGAAACACAUGGGGUCGUCAGAACAUGAUGCGUUGGAUUGUGAUUGCGCCGAAGAAUGGCACAAUGGCCAGAACCACGCCUGUGGUGAAGACUCUGACUGCAUCAAUCGAGCGACCAAGAUGGAGUGUGUUGAUGGCGACUGCAACUGCGGCUCCGGCUGCCAGAAUCAGCGCUUCCAGCGCAAACAAUUUGCACGUGUUUCUGUCAUCAAGACUGAGAAGAAGGGCUUCGGCCUCAGGGCCGAUGUCGACCUGCAGCCCAAUGAUUUCGUGUUCGAGUACAUUGGUGAAGUCAUCAACGAGCCUACUUUCCGACGAAGAAUGAUGCAGUAUGAUCAAGAAGGUAUCAAGCAUUUCUAUUUCAUGUCGCUGACGAGGACUGAAUUUGUCGACGCCACCAAAAAGGGCAACCUGGGGCGGUUCUGCAAUCACUCCUGCAACCCAAACUGCUACGUGGACAAGUGGGUGGUUGGUGAAAAAUUGCGCAUGGGCAUUUUCACCGGCCGUGCAGUCAAGGCCGGCGAAGAACUGGUCUUCAACUACAACGUGGACCGCUACGGCGCUGACCCGCAGCCCUGCUACUGUGGUGAGCCAAAUUGCACAGGGUUCAUUGGCGGCAAGACCCAGACAGAGCGUGCCACCAAAUUGCCCCUUGCGACCAUUGAGGCGCUGGGUAUCGACGAUGGCGACAGCUGGGAUACCACUGUCGCGAAGAAACCCCGCAAAAAGAAGCCCACCGAGGACGAGGAAGAGUACGUCAAUAGCGUGCAGCUUCGUGGCCUCGAUGAGAGCGGUGUCACUAAGGUCAUGGCCGCCCUGAUGCAGUGCAAGGAAAAAUGGAUUGCCGUCAAAUUGCUACAGCGCAUUCAGAACGCCGACGAUGACCGGGUUCGCAACAGGGUUGUGCAGAUGCACGGCUACCAGAUCCUCAAAACGACGCUCAACGCCUUCAGAGAUGACAACAACAUUGUUCUACAGAUUCUCGACAUACUUUACAAGUUUCCACGGUUGACGAGGAAUAAGAUUGCCGAUUCCAACAUUGAGGCAGUGGUUGAGAGUCUCACCCCAUCGGAACAUGAGGAGGUGGCGGCCGAAUCGAAGCGCCUACUGGAAGAGUGGAGCAAAUUGGAGACGGCUUACCGGAUUCCUCGAAGGAAAUUUGACCCCGCCGCCCAGCCCGCCAACUCUUUCGAGGAACGCCGAAAGCACGACCACAAGGAAGAGACACAGUCGAAGCCGGUCAUCGCGCCUGGAGUAGUAAUUCCAAAGGGCCCGAAGAGCAACAUCCCACAGCGAAAUGCAGCAUACUUUGCUCCGCGGCCGCGACGGGUAUUCCCAACCGGCAAUGCUCUGCCACAAGGUUGGUUUAUGGCCAAAGACGCGGAGGGGAAGGUGUAUUACUACUCCCAAGGCGGGACCGUGACCUGGCAACGCCCAACUGUGCCGGCCCAGGCGGCCAAGGUGCCUUCGAAGAAGCAACAACACGAUCAGGCGGUCAUGGAUAUCAUUGAGAACCUCAGCAAGGAGCCUACGCCUAAGCCCUCUGCCUCACUAACCCCACAGCGACAGAGCACUCCCGUCCCAGAUGUCAAGAAGGAAAAGUGGCGUUCUCUGCCGGUCGAAAAGCAGAUGAAGAUCUAUGAGAACACGCUCUUCCCACACAUCAAGCCUGUCGUGGAUAGGUUCCGCCACAAGUUACCCAAAGAGGAACUUAAGAGGUUCGCCAAAGACGUCAGCAAGAAGCUGGUGGCUUCAGACUACAAGAACAAACGCGUAGAAGACCCUACCAGUAUCACUGAGAAACAGGAGAAGAAGAUCCGCAAAUUCGUGAAAGAAUUCUUCGACCGUGCAGUACAAAAGUACCACGAGCUCGAAAAGCGGAAGAAGGCAGAACGUGCAGCGGGACCGAGCCACGAAAAGACGAAGGAGCCGAAUAGCGAAGCCAUCGCAUCUGUGGAAACGCCAGGCACCACCGAGCCUGCUGGUGACGAACUCCCUGUCCUUAGUGACGCCGAAGACGGCGCAACAGGUUCUCCGGAGCGCAAGCGAAAGCGAGACGAAGAUGAUCUCCUAGAUGCUAGUCUCACUCCUGAUGAGCCACCGUCGGUGAAGCGUCUGAAGGACGAUGACACGAUGGAGGAUUCAAGCCCGCCGCCGCCGCCGCCACCCCCAGAGGAGGCGAUGGAUGUUGACAUGACCCCGACUCAGGUAGCAGAACUCUCAUGCGAGCAGGAACAAGCUCAACGGCUUGCCGACGAAGCUGAGCAGGAUAGGCUCCGCCAGGAACAGGACCUGCAGCGUGAAAAUGAGGAAGCAGAGAAGUGGUUUGAGAUGGAACAGAAGAGCCAGCAAGUGGCCGCGACUAACGGAGUCUUGUCUGAGGGCGCCAGCGUGAAUGGGACAUCGCCAACCGCAGAGUGA